UAGAAGUUAUCGAAACCAAAAAGCCAGACAAGUUCAAACACUUCUGUCUUCUCUUUCUUUUUGUAUUUUUCGAGAAAUUUCUCUCUCCAAUCCAUUUCCCAAGCACCCCCACCACGCUCCCCCUCUCUCUUUAAUUUGAAAUUCUCCAUUUAUGUCCUUAUUUAUUACACCAUAACGCACUCCUAAGGGGGAAAAAGAUUUUUUUUCCGCCCAUUUCCAUCAAAAACUACUGCUAUUACUUCUCUUCUUUGUUUUCAUCUUGGGCCUCUUUCUUUGUUUCUUUUUUCCUUUUAAUUCAAAUGGGUUUUCGAUUUUGAGCUGAAGUUCAGACGUGCUUUGCUACCAUCAUGGCAUCUGUGAAUCCAUUUUUUGACGACUUGCAAAGUAAGCCUGAGGUUAUUGAUCCUCCACAAAAUGAAGACAUUAUGGAUUGCGAAGCCGUUAAUGAUCCUACUCAAGCUGCUAUUAAACCUAAUGUGACUGUGUCUAGCAGUGUUCGUGAGCUGCUGGAGUGCCCUGUUUGCUUAAAUGCAAUGUACCCGCCAAUUCAUCAGUGUUCAAAUGGACACACAUUGUGUUCUGGUUGCAAGCCAAGGGUGCACAACCGGUGCCCCACAUGCAGGCAUGAACUUGGUAAUAUUAGGUGUCUUGCGUUGGAGAAGGUUGCUGCAUCUCUUGAGCUUCCCUGUAAAUACCAGAGUUUUGGGUGCAUAGGCAUCUACCCGUAUUACAGUAAGCUAAAACAUGAGUCCCAAUGUUCUUAUAGACCAUAUAGCUGCCCCUAUGCUGGGUCAGAAUGCACUGUCAUAGGUGAUAUUCCUUACCUUGUGGCCCAUCUGAAAGAUGAUCACAAAGUUGACAUGCACAAUGGGAGCACUUUCAAUCACCGUUAUGUCAAAUCAAACCCGCACGAAGUUGAGAAUGCUACAUGGAUGCUAACGGUUUUCAGUUGCUUUGGCCAGUACUUUUGCCUACAUUUCGAAGCCUUCCAGCUCGGAAUCUCUCCCGUCUACAUAGCAUUCUUGCGGUUUAUGGGUGAUGAUAUUGAGGCAAAGAACUAUAGCUACAGCCUCGAGGUGGGUGGGAACGGGAGGAAGAUGAUUUGGCAAGGGGUGCCAAGAAGCAUAAGGGACAGUCAUAGAAAGGUGCGUGACAGUUUCGAUGGUCUCAUAAUACAACGCAACAUGGCUCUGUUCUUCUCUGGGGGAGACCGGAAAGAAUUGAAGCUUAGAGUGACAGGAAGGAUAUGGAAAGAGCAGUGAUGGGGGCUGUAGUAUCCAUUGGAUCUGUCAUGUUGUGAUGGCAAGUAGAAUGUUUGAUUUGGGUAUCAUUUAGUCAUGUAAUUUGUUUGGGGUUUUGUAGGAGGCAAGCUCUCUUUGCUUUAUGCAGCAUGUAUGAGAUAUAAUUGGAAGAUGUAGCUUUUAUAUUUUUAUGCCAAUUAGUAUAUCCAUUUCCUAUA